ACGACCUCUUACUUCACUCCAUUCCACUCACUCUAACUCAUGAGCUCCAAUUACUGCUCAUAAUCCAACUUGACACAUUCAUUCGCUCUUACAGCUUGUCAUUCUUUACUCACUCUCGAUCACUUAAUCCACCAACCACCAAUCACCCAAAUGGCCCGCUCAGAAGCACGUCCAAAACGAAAACCACAACUGGAACCAAGGAUAUACGCUUCAUCACCUCUAGCAGGCUCAUCAGGCGCAGGAGUACUCGUACCACCUCCUUCACCUCGUCCACCUUUAUCACCCGCCGCUUCAAGCUUCAUGUCUUCUUCUAGUGUAACCAGUCCUAGGGAGAAGGAGUAUUUCUCUAGUGCGCUGUCUAGGGAGGAGAAGGACGAUGAGCAGGAGACGGAGGAUGGAGAAGGAGAGGAAGAAGAAGGAGGAGGGAAAAUGAACCUCCAACAACAGCUCAAAGCAGCCAUCGCAGCUGACCCAUCUCUCUCCCUCUCCCCUCCUCCCGCCACACUCGCCCCUUCCUCCGUACACCGCGCCACCUCCCGCUCCCCCAACCGCUCGCCCAACAACAUCAACGUCCAGUCCUCUAUUGCAUCCUUGGUCGUACCCUCCGACCCGGUGGUGGAUGUGGACGAAAGACGCUUGUCUGGCGUGGGGACGUAUGAUGUUGGGCUUGGACUGCUUUCGAGUGAUGCGAUGAGUGAUGAGGAGAGUGAGGAUGAGGAUGAGGAUUUGAGGGUCAGGUCUCCUGUCCCUGCCGCUGCUGGGAAGGAGAAGUCGAAAGCGAAGCCCCAGGAAACGGGGGAAGAGAAACCCCGCCCUCCGCUCGGUCUGGGGAUCACCGUCCCCCCUAGCACCUCAUCCACGUCAAACCCAGCCCAUCUGUCCCUCUUCGCAGCAGCGACCCAAGCCCAGCCCUCCGUCCCUCUCUCCCCCUUCCCCCUGCCCAACUCCCCCUCUUCAGCAAAGGAAAAGGAAAAGGACAGGCCGAUGCGGGAUCAGGUCCUGUCCCCGCCUCCGCCGGCGUAUUCCCCCCAGGUGCAGGGGUCGGGGCUGAGGCAGGGGGCGCAGGAACAGUUCAGCCAGCAGAUGAUGCACCCGGCGCCGAGAGCGGUGCCUAGGGCGCUUAACCUUGGUCCUGCGCACCAACAACCUCCUCAACAACCACAACAACAGCGGCAACCCCCGCCUCCGCAGAUACGUCAAGCCCACCCAACCCCGAUCCUCCGUUCUCCCCAGCCCUACCCCGCCCACCCCCAACCCGGAAGCGGAAGCCCGUACCCAACCCCACCCCCCGCCGCAGUAUCCCGUUUCCCCCCUUCACCCCAUUCCCAAUCCUCGAUGUGCGAGCCGCUCCUCCCCCCCCAUACUCCAGGCACCCCGGGCGCAGCGUCUUCUUUCUCCCCUCACCCGUUGCCCCCUAGCUCGCCUAUCGUCCCCCGGUUCGCGGCCCCGCAGAGCAAGCGCGGCAGUUUGAGGUUCUCGAUGGCUGUCCUCUCCCCCCUGCAGCAGCAGGUGGGUGACGCACUGGGGAUCAUGCGUUCAGAAAAAGAAAGUGCGCUCCCGGUGCGCAAACGGGACCCGGCAAGCCUGCCUUCCAAACGCGCAUCUCAGGCUCCGGCUGCGCUUGCAGGGUGGGGAAGGGGCGGGCAGGCAGACGAUGGUGACGCUUUCUGGCGCAGGUUCUCGAUGGUAGCAAAAGAAGCCAACCAAAAACCUGCCAAUUCCCGGUCUUCAAACUGGCUCAAAUCUACCCUAGACUCACGUCAAUCCAUGCACCGCCUGGUCAUAUUCUUCGUCUGCCUUGGAGUGGCUUGUCUGGGGGGAGGGAUAGCUUGCGCGUGGUAUUUCACACAUCGAGGAGGGGGGCCGACGGUGCCCGUUGCGAUUGGGGGAAGUGAGGGGGAAGUGGGGGAUGUGACGACUAGUGCGGUGGGGCAUGUGAGUACUUGGGUACCGCCGGAUCGUAGACAUGUGCGCGAGGGCGGAGCCCGAGCCAGGCGAGGAGGGGUUGAGCUUGAGCCGGAGCUUGAGCUGGAGGUUGGGGUGGAAGUGGAAGUGGAAGUGGAGGGACCGGCAGCUCCUAGACCGGCGACGAUCCCGACGCCCGCUGUGGAACGGUCGGGGAGGAACCUCACCCGUUGGAGGAGACAUAAGACUCUACCGGUGCGGUUGCUGGAAGCGCUGGACUGAAUGGUCCUGUGCUGGUGCUGGAGAUGGAGAUGGAGGAGAAAAUACCCCUCGCAAGAACUACAUACCGACCCCGACUGACCCCUACUUGACCCGCCAGAUGUUGGAAGGGGUCAUCCACCACGCACCACGCACCAUGCACAUAUAGAUGCGCCUUUCUUUUCUUUUUUGAACGUUUGACGUUUGCACGCUCGUUUUUCUUCUUGACCAACACCUUGACCCCUGGACCCCUCGAUCCUGCUCGACGACACCUUCGUCCCUAACGGGAAGGCACUGCACCGAAUCGAAUCCCAAGGUUCAGCAGUACAUCAACAUGCUUUUCUUGCCGCACUUGCACUUGCACUUGUUUAUCCGUUCACAUGACAUACAACCUUCAAUUUUACGCCUUCACCUUCAGUUUUCAACCUUCAACCUUCUAUGUUGCACCUUCAACAUUCCAUGUUGCACCUUCCAUGUUGCACCUCGCGUACCCCAACACGUUCAACGACCUGACCUGACAGCGUCCGACUGUCUCCCCACCCUCCCCCCAACUCCUGCUGUUUCCUGCACUUC